ACUCCUCCUUCUGUAGUACAGCCCCCUCCCGCUCAGGAAGCCAACCCUGCCCAAGAGGAGGAGCUGCCCCCUCCCCAACUCCCCAUGGGAAAGAAAGUGGAGUCCCCUCUCCCUCAGGAAGCCAUCCCCCUCCAAGAAGAGCUGCCCCCUCACCAGGCCCCUGUUGAACAGAAGGAAAAAAAGCCUUUAAUGGAACAUAGCCCCCCAGAGCCUGAGUCUUGGAAUCCAGCCCUGCACUGCCAACAGGGCCGGUCCCCAGGGGGCUGGGGCCACCGGCUGGACGGCUUCCCCCCUGGGCGACCUUCUCCAGACAAUCUGGACCAGAUCUGCCUUCCUACUCGCCAGCAUGUGAUAUACGGCCCUUGGAACCUACCACAUUCUGGCUACUCCCACCUUACUCGCCAGGGUGAGACCCUCAAUUUAGUGGAGACUGGAUACUCCCGCUGCUGCCGCUGUCACAGCCAUGCACACCGCUUGGACUGUGCAAAACUUGUGUGGGAGAACGCAAUGAUCCGAUUCUGUGAGGCUGAGUUCUCGGUCAAGACCCGACCCCACUGGUGCUGCAACCGGCAGGGGGAGGCUCGGUUCUCCUGCUUCCAGGAGGAAGCUCCCCGGCCGCACUACCAGCUCCGGGCCUGCCCCAGCCACCAGCCUGGUAUUUCCUCGGGCCCCGAGAUGCCUUUCCCCCCUGGUGUACCCACUCUGGACAACAUCAAGAACAUCUGCCACCUAAGACGCUUCCGUUCUGUGCCACGCAACCUCCCAGCUACUGACCCCAUCCAAAGACAGCUGCAGGCAUUGAUCCGGCUAGAGGGGGAGUUCCAGCGCUGCUGCCGGCAGGGGAACAACCACACCUGUAUGUGGAAGGCUUGGGAGGAUGCCCUUGAUGGAUACUGUUAUCGGGAACAGUCUGUAAAGACCCACCACCACUCGUGUUGCCACUAUCCUCCUAGCCCUGCCCGUGAUGAGUGCUUUGCCCGUCGGGCUCCCUACCCCAACUAUGACCGAGACAUCUUGACCCUUGACCUCAGCCGAGUUACCCCCAACCUCAUGGGCCAUCUCUGUGGAAACGGAAGAGUUCUCACCAAGCAUAAACAGAUUCCUGGGCUAAUCCGGAACAUGACUGCCCACUGCUGUGACCUGCCAUUUCCAGAACAGGCCUGCUGUGCUGAAGAGGAGAAAUCAGCCUUCAUUGAGGACCUGUGUGGCCCCCGACGUAACUUCUGGCGAGACUCUGCUUUCUGCUGUAACCUGAGUCCUGGAGAUGACCAGACCAACUGCUUCAACACUUACUAUCUGAGGAAUGUGGCUCUAGUGGCUGGAGACACUGGGGAUGCCAAGGGCCAGGGGGAGCAAGGCCAACGCCGGGAAGAAAUAUCAGCCCCACCCCCUGAGCCCAAGGAAGAGUGAGUCACCCAGAGCCUCAGAGGAUCAGAUUGGGGGAACCCCACCCUCCUUGAACAUUCAUUACAGUAAACACCUCUUGGAUUUGC